CUUCUGGUUUGAAUGCAUUGAACAGCAGAUUGUUAGCUUCGUAUAGUUCGGAUAAAGGAAGAAACGCGUCGCAAAAUUUGUUUAAUGUGUUUUAGCAUUUGGACUUGUGACAGUUUAGAAGUGAAACCUAUUCCGAAGCUUCGGCUGUUGCAGGUGUGAACUUUAUUCAUAGUUGUUAGCAUUCUAGCUAACAGGCUAACCGGAGUUAGUUCCAUUUUAAGCCGAAUUACUUUUAUUUAACAUCGACGUGUUUUGUUUUAGUUACAGUGCUAACGGCGGCGGCUCGGACCGGUUCUGAUUUGGUUUCAACCCUGUUAGUGGCCCGUGGAUUGACGGGUUCAGUGUGUGCCGGUUAAUAACUUGACUGCAACAGCAUCAAAUAAGGCUGGCCGACAUAGUCAUGGAGCGACUGACGCGUUGCUUUGGUAUUGGGUUCUUUGUGUAAGGUUUCUCCAGUCAUCACGGACAAGCUGUGUGCAGCAGGUUCAUAAACCCUGUGGGUCGUUAAGUCUUCAGAUGGCCACCACCCACAGUCUAAACUAAAACGCAAGUCCUGUUGAACAAAACCUUUUAGUUUUCAUUUUUUAGGCCUUUGUCACAACACCAACACUAAAGACUCAUUAAAGAUCGCUUCUACCUGCCUCUCCUGGCAUGGAGUCAAGUUUUCUGAUUGGCUGGCAACAAGAGAAGGCAGAGCUCACACACGAGGUGUCCCGACUUCAGGAGGAGCUGGCAGAGAACAGAGCUGAAAGGGAGGAGCUGGAGUCUAGGAGCAUGGCUCUGAAUGACCGGCUUCGUCAGUCAGUGACUCCCGCACUGGCCCUCUCUCUGCAAGUAGAGGGUGAGCAGAGAGCCUGGAAGAAAAAAGUAAGGGAUGGAAGAGAGAGGGAGGCCAGACAGACUCUGCUCGUCCAUCAAUUACAGAACAAGGUGUUUGAGUACAGAGAUCGAUGUCAGGAGCUGGAGCUUCUGCUGCAGGACGAACACAAACGGCUACUGAACACUGGGUGGAGGAUCGGAGAUGAACACAAUAAAUCUCUGGAGAGCGUCCUCAUCAGGCUGGAGGAGGAACAGCAGAGGUCAGUCAGUUUGGCUGAGACCAAUACCCUCCUAUGCAAACAGCUCACCCAGUCACAAGAGGACAACCAGGCAAUAAGGGGGGACCUCCAAAAGCUGACGGCUGACUGGACAAAAGCUGUGGAGGAGGCAGAGCACAAAGAUUCUUAUUGGCAGAGAGAGAACAAGUGUCGGUCAGAUCAUGAGGCUCAGCACCAGGCUAGCUUGCUAUCAGUCUGGGGAUCUGUAGUUGCUCUGAGACAACAGUGUCACACCUUAAAAAUAGCUGCAUACAGGGAUCUGUGGCAGUUGAAAGCAGAGUUUUCUCAAAUGUCGUCCUCCCUCCUGUCCAGCUGUGAAUCCCUUUUCCCAUUCUUGAAGCUUUGUGCUCCUCACCUUCAACCCUCCUCCCUCUCCCAACAUCAACCUUUUCUACCAUUUGACCUCCCUCAAUCCUCCCUCUCACCCCCCCUCUGUUCCACACUGCUCCAUCAACCCCUAUUAUCAUCUGCUCUUUCCUCCAACCUUCCUUCUGCUACGCCUGGUCCUCCUUUAGCCUCCACCUCCACUCUGGGAACCUUCUCCUUGGCAGAGCUGGAGUGCAUAGAGGAGAAAAGGAUGCAUGAAGAGAAAAAACCACAGGUGUCAGAGCUGAAUCUCCUCCACGAGGCAGAGGUUUCUCAGCUGAAGGAACUGAUUACAGAACUCUCUCACCAUAUGCAGGCUGAGCAGAGUCUGAGGGAGGAAAAGGAGCACGAGAUAAAGAAACGUAUGGAAACAGAGACAUGUCUGCAGUCUGUCAGUCAGGGUGUGAUUCGGCUGUUCAGAGUCCUGAGCAGCUGCAGCAGUCGACCUCUCAGUGUCUCCUUAGAAAGUAUCCUGAGUCUUGACUUGUGUGCCCUGCUGUCUGUCCUGUCUCACACCGAGAGUGCCCUUCGGUGGAGAAAUGAAGAACUACAGGGUGCAGAGUUAUCUGUGCGGCGGCUUAGUGAGGAGAAAACGGCAAUGCAGCUCAGUUUUAAGCAGCUGGAAGAUGAAAACCAACAGCUACGAACACACUUGCAACAAACUCAGGUGGAACUAACACACACCCUGGACCUGCUAAACAGGGAGCAAGAGGCGAUCUCGUCUCUACGUCUACAAGUGGAGGAAGUUCAGACAAGAGAGGAGGGUGUGAAGCGAAACAACGAUAGACUGAGGAGAGAGAUAGACAGACAUGAGGAGAGAACCAGACAACUGGAGUCAGGGACUCACAAACGAGUUGAGAUGGAGUUCUUAGGGAACGUUCAACUGCAGGAGAAAGAAACUCUGCACCAUUUGAAGAGCCACACUCUGAAGGUUGAGUGUGAGCUUUCAGACAGCCAGCCACAGCUGCAGGCUCUCAUGUCAGAGGUCAGCUCUUUGCAGAGGGAGGUCAAAACUUUCAAGAUGGACUGCACUGAGCUCAGAGUUCAAAAAAAACUAGACGCCAAGGCCAUUAGUCAGUUGAGAGAACGACCGAAUGAGUGGGAGACCAUAACUGAAGAAAGGGAGAGCGGGUUGAUUUCUCUGAAGGAAGCAAAGGAGAAGGAUGGACGACAACUGGAGAAGCUGUCCUUCAAGCAUGACUUGGUCUGCACAGAACUGAAGGGAGUGCAGGAGCAGCUGCGACAGGCACAUGAGGAAGUGAGAAGGAGAGACAGACAGCAGGUGGAGCAGCAGAGAGAUGGCCGAAAGCUUCAAGAGGAGCAGAACAGUCUGGAGAGUCAUCUAUACACACAUACACUGGAGGCUGAGCUGCAAGAGCUCAAGUCUGAGACAGUGUCUCUACAUCAGCAGCUUGGUCAGCACCAGAAGCAGCUCUCUCUGUCACAGAUGGCCACAUGUCAGCUGCAAACACACAUUCAUACUCUGCAGCAAACCAAAGAAACCUUUCAUGGUGAGAUUGUAUGUCUGAGAGCAGAGCUGGAGCAAGCAGUGGCAAAGAUAAAAGAUGAGAAAGACACAAGAAAAAUGAACAGGAAGGACAAUGAUGAGCAGCAGUUGCAGGUGGAGAUGCUGAUGGAGGAAACACAGACACUGAGAAAGAGGAGGAAAGAAGAGGAACAGGAAAGAAAUGAGGAGAGGAAAUCCUGGCAGAGAGAGAGGGAAGCACUGAGUGAGGAGCUGGGUAAGAGGAAAGGUGAGGUGGGGGUGCUGAGGAGGAGGACUAAGGGACUGACUGAUGAAAAGCAAGAUAUACAACGAGGGUUGCAGGGGUUGAUGAAGGAGAUUGCUGCAGAGGAGGCGCAAACCAACCAGAUGUUUGAGAGAAUACAGUGGAUGGAGGGAGAAAAGGGGAGACUGGAGAAGGACAUGAUCGGGCUAGAGGUUAGGAUGAGAGAGAAAGGGGUAACAAUAGAAGCAAGAAGGAGAGAGGAAAAAAUUCAGAGAGACAGAGAGGUGGAGGCACUCUAUGAUCGUUUGGAUAGAUUGGAAAGAGAAAAAGAAGAGAGGCAAGAUGAGGUAAAGCAAGUAAGGUGUGAAGCAGAAACGGAGUUGGAAACAUGGAAGAAAAAUGUCAAGAAAAUGGAGGUGGAGAUUAACAGACUGACAGAAGAAAUCUCCCUAUUAGAAGAUACCAGAGAGGUAGAGAGGAGGAAGGAGAGACUGCAAGGCGAAGAAGACGAGAAGACGAAGGAGAAGAUGAUACAACUUAGGGAUGCAGCAAAGAAAGCAGAGGAGAACAUGGAGAAACUGAAGAGUAGGAUGAAAGAGGUGGAGAGUGAGACAGAACAAGAGAGAAGUAAAAAUGAGAAAAUGCAAAUUGAAAAGCAGGAAGCGGAAACAGGGUUGUUGGAGAAGGCAGGGGAGAUGGAGCUACUGGGGUUGGGCCUGAACAUGGUUAAGGAGGAACGUGAGAAGAUGAAGGAGGAGGUGGACAGGAUGAAGUGCAGGCUGGAGCAUCAAAUGAGCGCUGUGAGGGAACGAGAGGAGGAGGUGGAAAACUUAAAGAAGCACCUUAAGCUCAUGGAGAAGAGAGAAGAGAAAGCUCUCAGGGAGCAACAGGAAGCAAAUGAGAAACUCUUUCAGAAGGACACAAGGGAGGAGCAGUUGGAAACACUGCUGAGGGAAAGCCAGAUUCUCCUGGAAACAGAAAGAAGGGUUGGACAUGAGAAAGAUGACAGGCUCUUCUCCCAGGCCACGGAACUGCAGGAGGCUCACAAUGAGAAUGAGAGAUCAAAGAGAAUGGUCAAAGAGAGGGAGGUGGCUCAGAAAGAGGAACUUAGUGAGUGGCGCGAGAGGGCAGAGCAUAGCAAAAAGGAGGUGGCACUACUCAGUCAGGUCUUUAAGCAGCAGGAGAAGGAGGUACACCGCCUAAAAGUCUCUCUGAAGGAGAGAGAUAAAGAGGAGAGGGAGGGUCAGAAAAUAACUGAGGAGAGGAGGGGAAAGCUAGAAAGCAAGAUAACAGACCUAGACAAAGAAAAGACAAGACUCGAGGAUAAGCUGAAGGAGGUGGAGGAGAAGUGGGAAGAAGAGAGAGGGGUGGUGAGGAGCAUCAGGGAGGAAGUUAAGAGGAUGGAGGACAGAUCAGAAGAAAUGAAGAAUGAGAUUAAAGAGCUAAGAAGGGCAAAAGAGGAGACCAGGAGUUUUGAGAAUAACCUGAUAGAGCAGAGGAGGGGGCUAGAGGAUAAAGUGUUAGAGAGAGAGAAAGAAAUAGAUGAACUAAAUAAAGAGCUGCAGCAGUUGGGGAGAAUGAAGGAGGAGAAGAUUAGGAUAGAGAAUAAACUGAUGGAUAAGGAGAAAGAAAUGGACAAACUUGGGGAGAUGUUGAGUUGCAAAGAGGAGGAAAAGAGAACACUAGUGGGUAGACUUAAGGAGGCAAAAAAAGAGCAUGAGAGACUGAGAAUAAGAAAAGCUCAACACCUCCUGGUGGUGAAAAGAGGAAAGUUCUUUGUCAGGGAGAUGGAAGAGAAGAAGGCAGGGCUGUCAGUGGAGCUGAGAAGGCGGAAACAAGAAGUGACAGCUCUCAGAGAGGAAGUGCAGAGGGAGCGGGAUAAAACACAAAAGGAGUUGAGGAGACAGGAACAGGAGGUGCUGAUGCUCAAAAAUAGUAUUUUAACAGAACAGGGUGAAAAAAGAGACAUACAGGAAAAGUUGUGGAGGACUGAAAGCGAGGUAACACUUCUUAGGGAAGAGAUAAAAUUGAUUCUAAACAAGGACGAGGACGCACAAGGGGAAAUAACUGCUUUGAAGGAAUACAUCCAGAAGGAGCAAAGGAGUAUGCAGGAAACCCAAUGUGAUGCACAGCAGCAGAUGGAGGAGUUACAGGAUGAGCUGAGCAGAACCAGAAGCAAACUUUCUUUACUUAAAGUGGAGAUACAAAGUAAACAAAAGGAUAAGAUGGAGUUACAAGAAGAGCUGAAACAGAGAAAAGCAGAAGUAGAAAAAGAGAAGAGAAUGGGAGCCCAACAGGUGUGGAGGCGAAAGGACGAGGAGCUGAGGAGAACAAAGGAGGAGUUAACAGACAUGGCAGGGAAGUUACAAGAGGAACAAAGCAAGAAAGUUCAAAUACAGGAGAAGUUAGCAAGCAUAGACAAGGAAGUGACUGCUCUGAGAGAGGAACUGCAAAAGGAGCAGCGAAAGAAGGAGGAGGUGCAGGAGGAGCUGAGAGGAGUGCAGCAGAGCAUGGAUGUGAUGACGGUGAACCUGAACUUCCUGCAGGGUCAGCUGUCUGGGCUGAGUGAGAGCAGGCAGGGAGCAUGGGAGGAGGUGAAAAUGAAGGAGGAGCAGAAUUGGCAGAUAAAGGAGGGCCUGAGGGCUGCUCUAGAGGAGAUGACUAAGCUGAAGGUCCUUCUGCAGGAGAGCUACACAGAGGGAGAGCGCCUGAGGAACGCCCUGAACGAGAAGAAGCAGGAGAUAGAUAUCAAAGAGGCUAAUCUGCAAGCUGUCAGGGAGGAGGUGGAGAAAGAAAGAGAGGAAUUUCAAAAGAUCAGAGUCAAAGUUGAAACUCUAGACAGGAGGAGAAAGGAGAUGAUGGAUGAGCUGUUAGUGGCUAAACGGCUGAAGCGGAAGGCAGAGGAGGAAAAGAGAGAGUCUGAGGAGCUGUGGAGAACACGAUUGGAGGAACGAGAGAUAAAGCUGACAGAUUUAACGAGGGAAAUCCAGAUACUGAAGGCAAAAGAGGAGGCAGUGGACAAGGAGUUCAGGCUCAGGCUGGAGGAGAACAUCAAGAAGGGUGAAGAGAAUCGGGCUGAGCUGAGCCAAGAAAGAGCCACAUUGGCGACGUUGGAGGAGCAGAAAUCGCAGUCCUCGCCGGCUGCAGAGAAAACAAGGGGCAACAGGAGUGAAGGAGAAGUGGAGGAGUUCACUUAUUUAUGGUUUCUUCAAAGGAGCACAAUUCAUUUCUGCUGCAGGAGAAUGAAGAGAUGUGGAGGCUGCUCAGAAAUAAAGAGGCCCAGCCCCCAAAGGCUCUGAAUGAUUUAGUGAUCAACAGCCCACUCCUCCUGUGACUUUAGACUUUAAGACUUUAAUUGUCAGAUAUUAUAUACAUAUAACAAUAUUACAUCAGCAGUGCAUGGUUAAAAUAAACAAGAUAAAAUCAUUAUUUAUUAUCUUCCUUAAGGUUCUUUUUUAUAAUUUUAAAUAAACAGACACACAGUAACAGCCCAGUGAGGGAAAAAAAAAAUACAGUGGGAAAACACCUGACUCGACUCACUUUAAGCAAUAGCUUCUUUAACCUGUAAAUCUCUGGGUUUGUAAAACUCCCUUGAUGAACCGAAUUCACAAAACAUUCUUUAUCUCAGAAAUAGUUUUCGACUUUGACACUUCUCGUGUUUUUAGUGCGCAGCAGAAAACGUUCAACACUGUCAACACUAUAGGCCUUGGGCCCCGGGGAGAUCUUCAGUCAGACAACUCGCUGUCUAAGGACAGGGAGAUCCCACCCUCGCUGCUGUCCAACUCAAGAAAUUCACUUUUCCUUUUUAUGCGGUGUUCUGCUCAGCUACAACACUGUUUACAGUGGAGUGCUUAUUACACAUUUCAACUUAUUUUAUCAUUCUACAGUUGGCACAUUAGCAACUUCAUUGCUGUUUGAAUUCUCCACUUGCCUGUUUAGACUGUUGAUUGUCAGUCUAUUUCGUCCAUUUGCUGCUUGUUUGUCUCCACCACCGUCCUGUUUGCAACUUCUCCACCAUCCUCUUGUCCAUCCGCACUGUCCCACCAUCCUUCUGGCCGUCAGCUUCUCCUUCAUGCUGAUCCUCUCUGCCAUUGUCAGCUACACCGCCUCCUGCAGCAGAGUAGAAGUUGCCCCCAACCCUGUCUGGGCAGGCUCUGGGGGGCUGUCCCACAGCCAGUUUAAGGACCAGGUUUAUGUCCUCGUCUUUCGUGUUGAGACCACAGCUGGCCUCGCCCCCAGGCCCCAGUGAGAGACCCUUCUCUCACCCACCUCCUGCACAGUGUUCAGAGUGCAGCCCAGGACAGAGCUGGACCUCUUGAUGACCCUGUACAGUCUCUUCCUGUCAUCACUGUGAUGCUGCUGCUCCAGCAGACAACACCGUACCGGAUGGCUGAUGCCACCACAGUCUCAUAGGUCUUCAGGAGUGGCCCCCUCACUCCAAAAGAUUCCUCAGCAGGUAGAGUCUUCCUGUACAGUGACUCUGUAUUAUGAGGCACUGUACAGGAAUGGUCAGAGCUGACUCAUACAGGAUCACACCAAUGUAGCUUUCAUAAAGUCUGUAAAUUGUUAAAAUUCUUUGAUCUAUUGGAAUACAACUACUGUGUUCCUGUAUGAAGCCAGGAACAAAUUAUUACCUGGUGAAAUUCAAAAAACUAUUUAAAGAUUUAAAGAAAGAGAUGAAGGAUAUAAUUUCGUGUGUGUGUGUGUGUGUGUGUGUGUGUGUGUGUGUGUGUGUGUGUGUGUGUGUGUGUGUGUGUGUGUGGGUGUGUGUGUGUGUGGGUGUGUGUGUGUGUGUGUGUGUGUGUGUGUGUGUGUGUGUGUGUGUGUGUGUGUGUGUGUGUGUG